AGUCGAACCUGGAGCUAAGUUUUUUGUUUCGUCCCUCAUUUUGCCGGAGAGUUCCUCAAAACAGCUUCCUUCGGAAGGGUGCGUACAGUUUUUACACCUUCGCAAGUCUUGAGGCUCUUCAUCCCGUCCUCUGGCGACGGUGCGAUGUCUUCAACAUUCUUUCUAAAUUUUUCAGCCAACCUAACUGUCUUCCGACAUCCAUUUCUUUUAGCGUGAGGAGUCUGAUGUCAUUCUGGUUUCAGUCCUUUGGUGCGUGAUUUUUUUCUCCUCUUAAAUUUUGGGAAGCUUUUAUAAUCUCCCCUUUGCCUGUGGCUCUCGCUGCGCCUGGCACAUAGGGGACAGUUGGGAAGAAGCCACAUCAGCCCUCAGCUCCUGAACUCAUUUCUCCUGUGGGUGAAAGGGAUUAAAGCAGGUCCUCCUGGUCACCCCUUGCCAACAGAGAAGCCUCGAGGCUUCUUGUUGGCACGUUCUGCGCUUUCUCCCAGGGGGCCCCAGCUUGCUUCUGGGAACGGUCGCGGUUUCCUGCCCUGUUCCCAUCUGACCGUUGCGGGAGGACCCAGCCGCCGCCCCCUUCCGCAGGGCUCCCGAUGGCCGUCCAGCCUCCUGCCUCUGCUGGAGCCUCCUUCCUUCAUUCCAUCACACACCUGUGCUGAAGAUCCCCCCAUGUGCACUGGGCAUGCUGGUGUCCCGGGGGAUCGAGACAAGCCUGAGGGGCACUGUUCUGGCCUCAGGGAACUUGAAGGUGGUUCCAGAACAGCGGAUGACAUAGCAGUCACGUGUCUAGUAAACCAGCUGCCUUGCAAUCACUCGUUACGUCAGGGAGAUCCGGUGCAAACCCUUUUGUACUUUAAAUGAUUAGCUUUUGGUAGAGGUCACGUGUCUGGGACAUUCAUUUGUUUCCUUUGGGUGCAUGUGGACUUUCUCGAUUCCUUACCAGGCUUCGUGAACCCAGGGCUUGCCUGGGUGCAGGUCACCCCGAGAGCUGCAUAGCAGCUGUCGUAAUGGAGCGGCCUGUGCCGCACACUGGUAACUCUUUCCUAGGGACUGGGUCUGUCUCUUUAGACUGGCGGGGACUUCACAGCGUCUGUAGGACAGACACUGGGUUGAGUAUUAGACUGUCUGGGGUUUCUCUGGGCAGCUGCUUCCCAAAGUUUGAUCCAGGGAACCCUGUUCCACAGGGAAGUGUUACACGGAGGUGUGGGCGGAACAGAUGCCGGUGGCGGGCGAGGUCCAGCCGCGGUGCCCGUGAACCCCCGAGGGGCUGGAGCACCGCGUUCUCCAAGUCGCUUUUUCAAGCAGAGUUUGUGUGUUUGUUUUAAAUCACAGCGAGUGACAACAUCUGACAGCGAAUAUAGCAACCCUCUCGUGAGCAGGCUCUGGGCCAUUCUACCAAUGACACCCAGGACUGUGCGCCCCGGAAGUGGGUCUGGAUUUCUGCGUGGGCUGCCCCGGGCAGCUGUCCCACAGACGGGUGGGCAGCGAGGGGCUGUGGUCCAGCUGCAUUGCGUAGCAGGCACACUGCGCUUAGGGGUCGCCUGGAGCUUAGAAUAGCAAAAGCAUCUGAAGGUGCUUUUGGAUGUCCGAUUGUCAGAUCAAAGUUUAUUCUCAUAAUUGCUCCUGUUCAGAGGGACACGAUGUCCCCCUCCCUGAUGCCAGCAUCGACUGCAGCUGGACUCCUUGGGAGGCCGUGUGCCUGGCAGCCUUGGGCAGAUUCCCACUCUGGCCUUGCUGUCUUUCUGGGAGGGCCUGGAAGAGAAUGGUGGCCAUCAGCAGUGCCCCGGCAGCCCAGGACCCUGUGGCACGCCCUCGCGGCCACCUCAGCGUCUGCUUGAGCAUCUCUCUGUGUCUGCUUUAUUUCAUGUUGCCUCUGUAGAAGUUCUGUACGAACCAAGGGUUUUGAGGUGAAAACGCGUGGGAGUGUGGGCCCCCUGCUCCCCAGGCCGGCCUGUGUCUGUUUCGGUUCAGAGGUUGGGAGCCCAGUACCUUUGCGGUCACCAAUGGGGCCGGGGGCCACUGGCAAAUGCGCCCCAGAGGGUUUAGCGAGGAACAUGACCUGCGGGAUGGCACUUGGCGAGUAGCCUAAGCCAUUGUUCCUCACUCCUAUUUUUAGAUGCAAGUGACGAGUGACUGAGGACCUGGAGUGGGGAGGGCCCUGCAGACUCUCCCUUCGGCAGCCUACACACUUGUUGGGGCAUCGGCAAAGUAGGAGCCCCUCAAAUUUGUUUUUAAUUUGCAGAAGCAUCACGUUUUUCGUGCUGGCAGAGGUCAGCAUGGCCUCACGUUUGUGACUGGUCUUGCUUUCUAUUGUGAAUUGGCCGUGUGAGUGGCAGGUGGGACACCAGCUGCUCCUCGGUGCCUUGUGCCUCUCAAGGUCUCUCCCUGCCCAGGGACUCCCGAGGCCCUUUGUGGGGUCCGGCCUUCGGGCACUUCCCGUAAAAGUCUCCUUUCUUCUACCCUUUAAUUUCAGCUGCGCCAACUCCCGCCUGCCCUGGGUGAAUUCUUAAAAUAUUUGCCUAUCAGCACCCUCUCAGAGAGGAAUGGCCAAUGCUGCUGUGAUGUCAAAGGGGCCCCAAGGAGAAGGGCCUGGGCCAGACCCAGCCUGUCACUCAUGGCGCACGGCAGGGUGGGAGAUAAGCAAAGGCAGAGGCUCAAAGAGGGCCUGCCUGGUCCCCUGGGCGCCCUGAGCGACCCGGCCGUCCCUGCGGGUGGCACUGGGGGCGAGGCUGUGAACCACCAGGAGCAAUGAACUUGCAGACGCCACAGCCCAAGUGAGAACCAGGCCUCGGCGGCUCUUCUGACCCCUCGCCCUUGUCAAGCCCGCACCAGGAUGUCGGGAGCCGCCAAGGACGGUGUGGGGGCCCGGGGACUGUCGGUGUCGGGCAAGGCCUGCCUCACCACCAUGGACAAGAAGCUUAACGUGCUGAACGAGAAGGUUGACAAACUCUUGCAUUUCCAAGAAGACGUCACAGAGAAGCUGCAGUGUGUGUACCGAGGCAUGGGCGACCUGGAGCAGGGUCUGCACCGGCUGGAGGCCUCCCGGGGCCCCGGCCCUGCUGGGGCAGACCACCCUCCUCCAGGCGAUACGCAGGCCGGGUGGCCGGAGGUCCUGGAGCUGGUGACGGCUGUGCGGCAGGAUGCUGCCCAGCACGGUGCCAGGCUUGAAGCCCUCCUCAGGAUGGUGGUGGCUGUGGACAAGGCCAUAGCUUUGGUGGGGGCUGUGUUCCAGAACUCGAAGGUGGUGGACUUCAUCAUGCAAGGGAGCCCUUGGAGGACAGGAGGCCUGGCUGACGCCGAGGGCCCCGCGGAGAACAGAGAGCGCGUGGACGACGAGGGAGCGAGACCCAAGUGUGCGCUGAGCAGCAGAGCCGGGGGGCCCGGGGCAGAGAGCCAGAAGGCCGACCCGGAGGGAACAGUGGAGAGGCUGUCCCCCGCCCGUGCUUCGGGGAUGGGAUCUGACACCCUCACCCAGACGGAGGCCUUGCCAGGCCAGGAGGAUGGAGUUCCUGGCCCAGACCAGGUAUCCCCUGGCCACCUGCUGCCACCCAGAGUGGCAGAAGCCGAAGCUGCUGGGGCAUCUGGCGAGAACCCCGAGACUGGCCUGGAACUGCCGGCGGCACCCAGCGGGGUCUGUGAGGUCCCCCCCAGCCAGGAGGCUGCACCGGGUGAGGGACAAGGCGCACCAUCCGGCGGGCCUGACCCUCGGCCCUCAGAGGAGGCCACGGAGCUGACACCAGGGCCGCUAGCCCAGGCCAAGGCAGCUCAGGGUGCCAGCGAGGUGCAUUCGAGGAUCUCCAUCCGCGUGCAGGAGACAGGUGCACCUGGGGAGCUGCUUGUGACACAAGAGGAUAGCCUCACGCCCAUGCCCCCUGGAGAGGCUCCAGCAGCUGCCCAGCCAGAUGAGCAAGACCUGCCUGGGCCUAAGUGCUGCCCCCAGACCCCUGGGAAUGAGUCGGGAAAACAGAUCCCAAAAGGAGCCAGCGAGACCUCCCCACUGAGUGAGCAGAGCGGCGAUGCGGGCGCAAAGGCCAAGGAGAAGCAUGGUCCUGCGGCCGAUCCCGCCACGGGACCCAGCGAGGCCAGGACGGACACGGGAGAUGACGCUGGGGCCCUGGGCCCGCACCCGGACAAAGGCCCAGGAGCAGGGGGACCUGAGGCCGGCGAGGACUGCCCCGCCGAGGGCCUGGGCGGAGCCGAGGCGGAGAGGAGGGCGUCCCUGGGAGCCCAGGCUGGCAGCGUGGUUCUGGAUGACAGCCCGGCGCCCCCAGCCCCUUUUGAGCACCGGGUGGUGAGUGUCAAGGAGACAUCGGCCUCAGCGGGCUACACCAUGUGCCAGCACGAAGUCUUGGGAGGGGGCCGGUUUGGUCAGGUCCACAGGUGCACGGAGAAGGCCACAGGCCUCUCGCUGGCAGCCAAGGUCGUCAAAGUGAAGAGCACCAAGGACCGGGAGGACGUGAUGAACGAGAUCAACAUCAUGAACCAGCUGAGCCACGCGAACCUGAUCCAGCUGUACGACGCCUUCGAGGGCAGGAGCAGCUUCACCCUGGUCCUGGAGUACGUGGAUGGGGGCGAGCUCUUCGACAGGAUCACAGAUGAGAAGUACCACCUGACCGAACUGGAUGUGGUCCUGUUCACCAAGCAGAUCUGCGAGGGUGUGCACUACCUUCAUCAGCACUACAUCCUGCACCUGGACCUCAAGCCGGAGAACAUACUGUGUGUCACUCAGACGGGACACCAAAUAAAGAUCAUUGACUUUGGGCUGGCCAGAAGGUACAAGCCCCGGGAGAAGCUGAAGGUGAACUUCGGGACCGCCGAGUUCCUGGCCCCAGAGGUUGUCAACUACGAGUUCGUCUCGUUCCCCACGGACAUGUGGAGCGUGGGGGUCAUCACCUACAUGCUGCUCAGUGGUUUGUCCCCGUUUCUAGGGGAGACAGAUGCCGAGACCAUGAAUUUCAUUGUGAACUGUAGCUGGGACUUUGACGCCGACACCUUCGAAGGGUUAUCAGAGGAGGCCAAGGACUUUGUUUCCCGGCUGCUGAUCAAAGAGAAGAGCUGCAGGAUGAGCGCCACACAGUGCCUGAAGCACGAGUGGCUGAAUGACCUGCCCGCCAAGGCUUCGAAAUCCAAAGUUUGUCUCAAAUCGCAGCUCUUGCUGCAGAAGUACAUGGCUCAGAGGAAAUGGAAGAAACAUUUCUACGUGGUGACUGCUGCCAACAGGUUACGGAAGUUUCCGACCAGCCCGUGACCGUCAGCUCUGCCGCCGCCGUGGGCCGAGGGCCGACUGAGACCCGUGGUGACGUGACAACUCGAGAGUUUAAGUAAUCUGGCCUCUCACCAAGAUCGAGUCCACUUAUUUCAUAGAAAAGGCUGUGGCCAUUGCCUUCCUUGGGGAUGAAAAGUCUCUGUAAAGAAAGUGACUUGGUGAGAACUUCUUUCCCGCCUUUUAAGAUCACUAAGUUUGAGAUGCCGUGUUUACUCUUCAGGUAUACCUGCUUUUGGUGAUACGUGUAGGCAUGCUGUAGGUAGGUAGGAAAGCUGCUGCUUUGCGUAUGUCAAAUUCUAAACAUGCUCUGACUAAAGAACAUGACAGACUGUUCCACAGGGGCAGGGCACUCGGUGUUACUGCCUUCAGUACAGAGAGUUCCUAGAAUUCUGACCUGCUCAGGUGUGGGUGACCUUCAGGGCAGUGAUCCUCGUUUUAACUUGUGCUCCCUUUGAGACUCAAAACGUGCAUCCUUUAAUAGUCUUUGAAAUUGCACAAUCUGCCACCGUUGCGGCUAAGUCAGGACAACGACCAUUUUGAAUGUGCUUUUAAACUCUGUACCCACCUGCACCUCUCCCUGUUCUGCCCUGUCCUGCCCUGUCCCAGCAUCGGCAGGACCCCUCGGAUCCCCCUGCCUCAGUGACAAACCGAUGGCCGAGGAAGUGUGGCAGCUGAUACGCUUGUGGGCCGGGGAUGAGCAUGUGACGAUGUGAUUCCGUGGUAACACAGAGUGACCCUCGGGCUGAGGGAGGGACACUGCAGGCCUGCUGCUUUGCUAAGGAUGCUGCUUUCGGGGUUGCCAUUGACCUGACUUCCAGAACGAUUCACAAGGAGUAGCUUAGCGUGAAAAAGUAGGCGAUCUUUUCAACCCAGAGGCGCAGCGCUGCUGUCUGACAGGGAGACAUGAUGUGAGACAGAGACAUAAUUAAAAACUUCUCAUUCCCCCUCCCCAAACAAAAACCCGCUGAAACUGAUUUUAAUAAUUUAACAUAAAAAGUCAAAAACAUGUCCAUAUGUAAUCAGCAUGGAAAUUAUGGAGAUACUUUAUAUAUAUUUUUUAUAUUGUCUCCAAAAUUUGGUAUGUAUUUUACACUUAAAAUGCAUUUCAAUUCAGAUGCUAGUUUUUCAGAAGACAUAUUUAAUUUGUAUUUAGAUUUCAUAAAAUUUACUGUGGAAAAACAGACUAUAUACUCAAGUUUUUCGAAACAUCUUAAACAUUUUCUAACAAUUGAAUUAAGUACCCACUUUUACGUUCAAUUAAAAUUAAAUUAGAAAUCCGGUUGUGUAGUUGUAUUAUCUACAUUUUACGAGCUUAGUAGACCCAUGUGGUUAGUGGCUUCCAUAUCAGACAGGGCCGAUAUGAAAAGAAUCCUUUAUCUAUCAAAUUUUAAUCUUCCCUUCCCCCUGACAUGCUGUUAUUUUUCACCUAGAAACACGUUUUCUCCACAAAGUCUCCUUGAGGGCUUUGUUUAGGUCAGGCUCAUACAAGCGAGAGGCAAUGUGGAUUUUACCCUCCCUUAUCUGAAAUUUGAGGGAACUUUUAUGAAGCUUUAAUUUUCUGGAUAUUUUUAGUUCUCUAAUUUGCUGGUGUGCACUUAGCUCAAGAAGUUUUUAUAAGAUUGCAACUGUGCCGGUAUCAACUAUUUCUAAUGGGCCUUUUCCCUUUGAAUGAACAGUCAUAGGAACUGCUUGCUGGGUAGGAAACUCACACAAAGUGGUCAGGACCCACUUUUUCCACCUGUCGGAUUGGUGAGAGCACGGGGAAAUGGAAAAUUUCCACUUUCGAUGGGUGUGUGUCCAGAUAGAGGUCACACCCACUUUUAUCCAGCAAUUCCAUUUCUGAGAUUUAUCCCCCAGCAAUACUUGAACAAGUGGACAGAAUUAAUGCAAAAUGUUUCUUCUAACACUAUUGCUCAUGGUUCAAUAAAAACAACCCACAUAGGCCUAUCAGCGUGAGUUUAGUUGACUAAAUUUUGCCAGGUCCUUACCGGGGAAGACCUCGCUGCUGCUGAAGACAGAUGUGGAUGUACUGAGUUAUCUUUUCGCUACAGACGUAUACAGUCAUCCCCUUUGUGGAGCGACACAUGCUUCUAUGUGCUUUAAGAUUCUCUAGGAUGUGCACGAAUCUUAACAGUGGGGUUGGAAAGUGGGUGAUGAAGCAAGGGGAAUUCCACCUUUCACUUUAUCUUUCUGAAUUGUUUGAGGUUUUUUUUUUUUUUUACAUAAUUAGCAUGUAUUGCUUUUAUAAUUAAAAAUUAGCAACCCACCUA